AAAUGAGGCAGAGCAUGGGUGAUGGAGCUGCAGCUGGAUGUUGAAUCUUUGUGUCUCAGUCGGCAGAGAUGACCACUGUUUCCAUGGAGCCUGUUGGAGUCCUGGUGGACAGAGGCGCUAAUGCCACCGACGCCCCCCUCAGUGCAAAUGGGGUCACUGCAGCGACCUUCACCAUCGGCACCAUCCUGUCCAUCAUGUGCCUGGUCGGUAUCUUGGGGAACAUCUACACUCUGGUGGUCAUGUGCCACUCCAUGAGGAGCGCAGCCUCCAUGUACAUCUACAUCAUCAACUUAGCGUUAGCUGACCUGCUGUAUCUGCUGACCAUCCCCUUUGUGGUCUGCACACACUUCCGGGGAUGGUACUUUGGGAAUGCAGGGUGUAAGAUUUUGAUCAGUAUGGACUUCCUGACCAUGCACGCCAGUAUUUUUACGCUGACGAUCAUGAGCACAGAGCGCUACUUUGCCGUUCUUAAACCACUGGACACGGUCAAACGCUCCAAAAGUUACCGGAAGGCCAUAGCUGUGCUGGUCUGGGCUGCGUCUCUGAUCCUCACCUUACCCAUGGUUGUGAGCAUUCAGCUGAUGACGGUGGGCAAUAAGACCAUGUGUCAACCCACCCUGUCCCCACUCUUCUACAAAGUUUAUAUCUCCUCCCUGUUCUGCACAAGCAUCGUGGCUCCAGGACUGAUUAUUGGAUAUCUGUACGUCCAGCUGGCACGCACCUAUUGGGUUUCACAGACAGAGACCUUCAAACAAACCAAGAAACUGCCCAAUCAAAAGGUGCUCUACCUGAUCUUCACCAUUGUGCUCCUGUUCUGGGCCUGUUUCCUGCCCUUCUGGGUCUGGCAGCUGCUGACUCAGUUCCAUCCGUCCUUGUCUCUGUCCAACAAAGCCAAGCGGAACAUCAACUACCUGACCACGUGUCUGACCUACUCCAACAGCUGCAUCAACCCCUUCCUCUACACGCUUCUCACCAAGAACUACAAGGAGUACCUGAGGAAGCGCCGGCGGGUGUGGUCGGCCAGCAGCUACUUCAACAGGAGGAGUCCUUUUCAACGUUCGCCUCGCCGCUCGCCGUCCGCCAGCAGUCAGCAGUUUACGGAAAGUUUCAGCCUCACGCACACGGCGUCCGUACGAACGCACAACAGCAGUUUAUGAGAUCUGACUGAACCGAGGAAGAGGACAGAAGACAGGACAUGAAAGAAGAGAUCAUGAUGACGAGGACCAACACAGACCAGGGACCAGGAUGGACCGUCUAGUCUGUCAUUUAUGGUUUAAUAUUGUGG